AUGAAGGACGAGCCACUGACCAGUUGCUGCAGGCUCAAGCUGAAAAAAUUCGUCAAAUUCGACAGCGCCGCCAUGGCUCUCGAGGAGGCCGCUUCGCUGAAGGAGGGCAAGGUCCCGACGCUGCUCAACUCGCUGCUCGAGGAUCUCAAGGCCGAGAAGAAGGCUUCCCUCGCCGUUGCCGACACCAAGCUCGGCACGUCCAUCUCGAACUUGCCGCAGCUGAACAUCACGCCCGUCUGCGGCUCCAACACGAUGGAUGUCUUCCGAGGCAUUCGCGAGCACCUGCCGUCCCUCAUCCCCGGCCUCCUCCAGGAGAACAUUGACCGGAUGGCGCUCGGCCUCUCGCACUCGAUCUCGCGCCACAAGCUCAAGUUCUCGGUGGACAAGAUCGACUCGAUGAUCAUCCAGGCGGUCCGGCUCAUCGACGACAUGGACAAGGACCUCAACGUGUUCGCCAUGCGCACCAAGGAGUGGUACGGCUGGCACUUCCCCGAGCUGGCCAAGAUCCUGAACGACAACCUCGCCUACGCGCGGGUCAUCAUCAAGGCGGGCUUCCGAACGAACAUUGCCGAGACGGACCUGUCAGAGAUCCUUCCGGAGGAGACGGAGGAGGCGGUCAAGAAGGCGGCCGAGGUCAGCAUGGGCACGGAGAUUGUCGAGGAGGAUCUGUUGAACAUCAAGUCGCUCGCGGAGCAGGUGAUGCUCUACACCGAGUACCGAGCACAGCUCUCGUCGUACCUCGAGAGCCGCAUGCGCGCCAUCGCGCCCAACCUGACGGCCCUGGUCGGCUACCUCGUCGGCGCCAGGCUCAUCGCCCACACCGGCUCUCUCAUGAACCUCGCAAAGGCGCCCAGCUCGACGAUCCAGAUCCUCGGCGCCGAGAAGGCGCUCUUCCGUGCUCUCAAGACGAAGCACGACACGCCCAAGUACGGUCUGCUCUACCACUCGUCCCUCAUCGGCCAGGCGACGGGACGCAACAAGGGCAAGAUUGCUCGCAUGCUGGCGGCCAAGGCGGCGCUCGGCCUCCGCGUCGACGCGCUCGGCAACGACGACGACGAGGCGGACGAGGAGCAGAAGGCCAUGCUCGGCCUCACGAGCCGCAUCAAGCUCGAGAAUCACCUGCGGAGGCUCGAGGGCAAGCCCUUGCUCCCCAAGGGCACCAACGUGAGCCCCGCGGGCGACAUCCUCGCGCCGGGCCAGUUCACGCUCAAGGAGACGCGCCGAUACAACGUCGACGCCGACGGCGUGGCGGACGAGAGCGAGAAGAAGAGCAAGAAGUCGAAGGGCAAGGGCGAGAAGAAGGCGGAGCAGUCGGACGACGAGGACAAGUCGGACGACGAGGACGACGACGCCGCUCCCGCGACGCCCAAGGUGGCCAAGCUGUCCAAGGCCGAGUACGAGCGUCUCGCCGAACUGUCGGGGCUGUCGGUCAAGAAGUUCAAGCGGAAGUACGAGCGGGGCGACGUCGAGCUCGGGGCCGACGGCAAGCCGACGGUGCACAGCAAGAAGGACAUGAAGAAGAUUCGCAAGGCCGAGGCCAACGGCACGCCGGUGAAGACGAAGACGCCGGUCAAGGCGGAGCCGGUAUCGGACAAGAAGAAGCGCAAGCACGACGACGACGACGACAACGAGGCGGUCGACGCCAAGGCGCUAAAGAAGCAGAAGAAGAAGAAGCGCCAUUCGGAAGCUUGA